UGAUUUUAAUUUGUCUAAAAUUGAAAAUUUCAGUUCAACCGUUUCUCCGUGGCCCCUUUUUAAAUCUUAGAUUCUGCUAAAGGAAAUCUCUUUUCUUCUUCGAUCUUUGUCUCUCUCUCUCUCUCUGUUAAUUCUUGUUCACUCGCUGCAUCUCUCGUUCUUGAAUCUUCGAUUGACCUUCUCGAUCGUUGACCCCUGAAUACACUUUUCCGGCGAGACUAAUAAAAGAACUUUACACAAAGAUUUGAGUUUUUUUUUUCCGGUGGAGUGUUUUGUUUUUGAGCUAAAUGAUUGAGACACGACAAGAAGAAUAAGAUAUGACUCUUUACAUUCGUCGUGAAUCUUCCAAGCUGUGGAAGAGGUUUUGGUCGGAGAUAGCAACGGAGAUUGGUCUUCUCGCUGAGAACUGGAAGUACCUUCUCGCUGGCAUUAUCUGUCAGUACAUUCAUGGUUUAGCUGCUAAAGGAGUUCAUUACAUUCAUCUCCCCGGACCCACUCUCCAGGAUCUUGGCUACUUUCUUCUUCCGGAGCUUGGUCAAGAGAGAAGCUACAUAAGUGAAACCGUCUUCACUAGUGUUUUUGUUUCUUUCUUCCUAUGGACUUUCCAUCCAUUCAUCCUGAAAAGCAAAAAGAUAUACACUGUCUUGAUAUGGUGCAGAGUUCUAGCGUUCUUAGUUGCAUGUCAGUUUCUCCGUGUUAUAACUUUCUAUUCCACUCAGCUUCCUGGACCAAACUAUCACUGUCGCGAGGGAUCUAAAGUUUCCACGUUGCCAUGGCCCAAAAGCCCCCUUGAGGUUCUCGAGAUUAACCCUCAUGGGGUGAUGUACGGAUGUGGAGACCUGAUCUUCUCGUCGCAUAUGAUAUUCACGCUUGUCUUUGUCCUUACUUACCAGAAGUACGGCACUAAAAGGUUCAUAAAGCUGUUUGGAUGGCUCAUUGCUUUCGUGCAGAGCCUCUUGAUCAUUGCCUCCCGUAAACAUUACACUGUCGAUGUUGUUGUUGCCUGGUACACUGUUAACUUGGUUGUGUUUUGUCUGGACAAGAAACUACCAGAGUUACCAGAUCGGACCACGGUGUUGCUCCCAGUAAUCUCUAAAGAGAGAACUAAAGAAGAGAACCACAAGCUGUUGUUGAAUGGGAACGGUGUUGAUCCUGCUGAUUGGAGACCAAGGGCUCAAGUGAACGGGAAGAUAGAUAGCAACGGAGUUCACACUGAUAACUCAUUGAACGGCGCAUGAAAACUCGCACCAGACUUGGGGCAAGAACUAUAUAUAUGAAUACAGCUAAGCAAUGGCGUCAUGAAGACAUGAUGGUCAUUGCUCAUGAAGAGAACUCUUAUAGAGAGAUGUUAGGGCUAUGCUACUCUGUACAUUUUUCAGUUCCUUGUCCCCCAAGCAAUGACUUGUUGGAUCACGUUGUUUUUUAUUUUUGUUGUCAAUUUUAUUAUUAUAAGAAACGUUGCUUUUUA